UCUCCUUUCACAUAGCACAACCCCUAAAAGGGACUGAAAUAGAUCAACCGACAGGCAGAGUUUGCGUGUGUGAGUCAGACUGUAACUGAUAAACACAGUUGGUCUCAGGAUGCCUGCGUACGCCACCAACAUGAGGCUGAAGUUCCCUAUUGUGGCCUUGGCUCUGGAGAUUAUCACCAUCAUUCUGUUUGCGGUGUUUGUGGUCUAUGAUGAUGGAAAACAUCAUGGGCAUGGUGGUGAACACUCCAAUGCGACCGACCAUGAAGUGCCACCAAUGGAGCUCUACCCCAUGUUUCAGGAUGUCCAUGUCAUGAUCUUCAUCGGCUUCGGCUUCCUGAUGACCUUCCUGAAGAGAUACGGGUUCAGCAGCGUGGGGGUCAACUUGCUCCUGGCUGCCUUCGGCCUGCAGUGGGGCCUCCUCAUGCAGGGCUUCUGGCAUAUGGAGGAUGGCAAGAUCAAAGUCAGCAUCUUCAAAAUUAUAAACGCAGACUUCAGCACGGCUACAGUCCUGAUCUCCUUCGGGGCCGUCCUGGGUAAAACCAGCCCUGUGCAGCUCCUCAUCAUGACCGUCCUGGAGAUCACCAUCUUCUCCAUUAAUGAACACCUUGUGGCAAAUGUCCUUGGAGCUAAUGAUGUAGGAGCAUCCAUGAUCAUCCACGCCUAUGGAGCCUACUUUGGCCUGGCAGUGGCAAGAGUACUUUACAGACCAGGUUUAAGAAACGGACAUGAGAAUGACGGAUCUGUGUAUCACUCUGAUCUGUUUGCCAUGAUUGGAACCGUCUUCCUGUGGAUGUUCUGGCCCAGCUUUAACUCGGCCAUUGCUGAGCCUGGCUACACUCAGCUCACAGCAGUGGUUAACACAUACCUCUCCCUGGCCACCUGUGUGAUGUCUGCCUACGCCAUCUCCAGCCUCGUGGAACACAAAGGAAAACUGGACAUGGUGCAUAUACAGAACGCCACUCUGGCUGGCGGCGUUGCCGUGGGAACAUGUGCUGACAUGGCCAUUGGGCCAUUUGGGGCAAUGCUGAUUGGAUUAGUGGCGGGCAUCAUCUCUACCCUGGGCUUCAAGUACCUCUCUCCCAUCCUGGCAUCAAACCUUGGCAUCCAGGAUACCUGUGGCGUCCACAAUCUGCACGGCAUGCCAGGCAUCCUGGGCGGGUUGGCUGGUAUUGUGGCUGUGGCUUUGGGAAAGAAAGAAGGUGAAGCUUCCAUGCAAGCUGCUGCAUUGGCGUCAUCUCUUGGGUUUGCUUUGGCCGGUGGUGCUGUAACAGGUUUAAUAAUGAAAUUGCCGUGCUGGGGACAACCACCAGACCAGAACUGCUUCGACGACUCUAUUUACUGGGAGGUUCCUGAGGAGGAGGAGGAGCAUGAGGAGAGCUUGACUCAUGCUGAUCACUCAAAGAACAAAGCAGAAGUUUAACUGGCUGCCAACUGUCUACUGAGCGAAAACACUUAGAAUCAUUAAUCAGCUACACCAA